UUUUGUGAGUUCCUUUAUUUUGACCAUUUUGACUAGAUUCUUUUGAGUCGCGUUUCAGAGUGACUGCAUUAAAUAUUCGUGGAGAAAAUGAGUGUUCGAGGUCGUUCAGAUAAUGGACCAGGCUUUGUGGGAAUUAAAUUUUGCCAAGAAUGCAACAACAUGUUAUACCCAAAGGAAGACAAAGACAACAAGAUAGUGUUAUAUGCUUGUAGAAAUUGUGACUAUCAGCAAGAAGCAGACAACAGUUGCAUCUAUGUGAACAAGAUCACUCAUGAAGUCAAUGAACUGACACAGAUUGUAACAGAUGUUGUUGCUGAUCCUACCUUACCAAGAACAGAGGAGCAUUCAUGUCCCAAAUGUGGCCAUAGCGAGUCAGUGUUCUUCCAGUCACAGUCCAGCAAAGCAGAUCAAAUGAGAUUGUAUUAUGUAUGUACAGCAGUAAACUGUGGAAACAGAUGGACUGAAUGAGAUUCAACUCACUGAACCUUGAUGGACAGUAAGGAUCAUAAAGGGAAACAACAUUACCAACUCCUGUUGCAGAAAUCCUAAUGGGCCAUCAGGAAAAAGUAUAAGAAGAGAAAGAUGGUUUCUUCACUGUUCUAAGCAGUGAUGUGUUAGCUUCAAUUCUGCAUUAUUUUUCCCCAAAUGUAUUUCAUUCCUCUGAUUUCAUUACCCAAGAGGAAAAUGUUUCGGAACUCGCUAGGAGAUGAAGGGGCGUGUAAAAAGUUUAUCGCAGUUGGUUGUAAAAAAAUAAUGAGACUCUGAGGGCUUUCUGUUUUAUUUCAUGAUCAAUCGGGAAUCACAGAAAUGUUGUUAUAUGAGUAGCUGGAUAAAAUGAUAUGGCUCAAUCAUCUCAAAUUGCA